UGAAUAAGCAGGAGGAUGAGGAGGGUGUUUGGCUUGGCCAUGGUCCUGCUCCAUCCCCCGUGUCCCCCUCAUCCUGCCCGGGGGUCCCCAAGGCUCCGUCCCUGCUCCCUAUGGGGGCACCUGCCAGCUGUGGCUGCCACAUCUGGAUUCUCACAUCAGCAUGGAGUUCAGCACAAGGACAAGAAGCUCAAUGCAAGUGAACAACAGGGAGGUGAAGGAGUUGGAGUGUUGGGUUGGGUUUGGGUCCCCGCUGUACAAAAAGGAUGCGGAUGGGCUGGGGAAGAUGAUCCCGGGGCUCGGAAAGGCUGGGAGAGGAGAAAUGACCGUGUCGUUGUGUUUCAAAGGUGGCUACAAACAAAACUGAUCGCUCCCCCUUUCACGAGGAAUCCCAGUGGAAAGGUGAGGUCCCCGGGAGAUUCCAACUGGACACAAGAAGGAAACUUCUCAGAUGGGCAAAGCCCCUGGAAUCAUCUCCCCGGGGAAGCGGUGGAUUCCCCAGCACUGCGCAGUUUUAAGUUUAAGCUGGACAAGCUGCUGGGCCAGCUCACCUAGGCCGGGCUUUUGCCAAGACAGGCUGAACUAGGUGGUCCUUGGUGUCCCUUAAACCCGCUCCUCUGCCAUUUGCCAUCUCCUGCUCCUCGCCAGGCGUGGCCGCGGUGUCACAACUGUCCCCAACUGCCGGAAGCGACCGGGGACAGGAUCCAGCUCUCCCACCCUUUCCCUGGGUGUUCCCACCAAACAGCAGGGUCCCCUGCAUCGCUGCCCAACCCGGGGGUCCCCAAGCCUCGCCAGGGGCACAGGCACCGGUGUUGGCACCGGUGUUGGCACCGGGGGGCUCUGGCGUCGGCAUCCCCGGCCAUGGAGCAUCGCGGGGCCGUGCCGCGCUCCCGGCUGGCAUCGCCGCGCUGAGCAAACAGGAAACACUCGCCCUUUGUUAGUCCCGUCCCAGGCUGUGCGCUAAAUGUUUAUCUGCGAGGAGGAGGCCGGUGCUGGGAGGCAGGGCCGGCACUGGGGCUGCUGGCCCGGCAAGGGGACAGCGCAUGGGGACACGGAGAGCCCCGGGCUCACGUGGGAGCGCGUGGGACAGAGGAAGGGCCGUUUCGGGGCUGUCAGCAGUUUUGGGGAGCGGCGAGAAGGAAGCGGUGGCAGCCGGGACACGGGCGCUGCUGAGGGGGGUUUGAGGGGCUGCAGGAGCGCGGAGCUCCAACUUCCACCGGGUGCUUCCCCAAAAGCCCCCCCGGCUCCAUCCCAGCAGGGGUUGGCGGCACCGGGCUCAUCCCGUUUCGGCACGGGCAGCCCCGGGGCAGCAUCCCAGCACCCCGUGGCCAUGGCGGGCCGGCUUCUGCCCCCCGACACCAGCCAGGACGUCCCCCCCUUCCACCCAUCACCCUGGGUGCCCCUGCAGCACACAGCGACGCGGGUGCCCGUCAUCCGCCACCGCGGCUCCAACACGCUGAAUUUUGACUUCCACAACACAGAGACCUGUGGAACAGCUGAGAGUGGCCAAGUGGCCCCCAGGAGCUCAGCAAACGAGUGGUACCAGACCUGGCCGGCCAAGGAGGCAAAGACACCGAGCGCCCCAGUGUCCCUCAGCCCCAUGCCCGGCCCUGGGGCCACCCCUGCUUGUCCCCGGCCACCGGGCUGGUCGGCCACCUGGACCAAGGACAGCAAGCGGCGGGAGAGGCGCUGGGUGAAGUACGACGGCAUCGGGCCGGUGGACGAGACGGGGAUGCCCAUCGCCUCACGCUCGAGCGUUGACCGUCCCCGCGACUGGUACCGCAGCAUGUUCCGGCAGAUCCACCGCAAGCUACCGGAGCCAGACUGGGAUGCCCAUCACUGCCCCACAGGGAAACUUGACCCCUCGCCCACCGCAGUGCCUCCGUCUCCCCCAAAGCCACAGAGGAAAGGGGCGCUCACCAAGCCCCCCAGCAUGCCCAAUGGGCUGGACUGGACCAGCUGGGGUGACACCGGUGCCAUCACGGAGCCCGGCAGCAUUUUUGACUACGAACCAGGGAAAUCCUCGGCGCAGGAGCAGCCGCGGCAGCCCCCAACAGCAGUGCCGCCAGCACGGGCUCAGCCCAUCGAGGUGCUGCUGGAGCAGGAGCUGGAGCAGCUCAGCGAAGAGCUGGACAAGGACAUGAAGGCCAUGGAGACGCGCCGGCAUCCCUGCAAGAGCUCGGCGGCUGCUCCCACCGCUCGCUCCCCUGCUCCGGCCUCCCCGGCGGCUCGGACGCCUCCGUCACCCCCCCGGCUGCAGAGCCCCCCCAGCACCCACCGCCCACCCGCCAGCCCCAGCAUGGAGCGGGGGGCGCUGGGGCUGGCCAGCGACCGGAGCCGGGUGGCCCCUGGCAGAGACACCCUCAGGCCAGGGACCCUCCCCAGCCUGUCCGACAUAGGGGACCCUGCGGAGGCCGUCAGGAGGGAGGAGAAGAAGAUGAAAGCCGCCCGCCUCAAGUUUGACUUCCAAGCCGAGUCACCCAAGGAGCUGACACUGCAGAAGGGGGACAUCGUCUACAUCCACAAGGAGGUGGACAGGAACUGGCUGGAGGGCGAGCACCACGGCCGCGUGGGCAUCUUCCCCUCCAACUACGUGGAGAUCCUACCCCCCACGGAGGUGCCCAAGCCCAUCAAGGCACCCACCAUCCAGGUGCUGGAGUACGGAGAGGCCCUGGCGCUCUAUAACUUUCGCGGGGAGCUGCCCGUCGAGCUCUCCUUCCGCAAGGGCGAGCGGGUCUGCCUGGUGCGGCGGGUGGAUGAGAACUGGUACGAGGGGCGCAUCUCCGGCACCAGCCGGCAGGGCAUCUUCCCCGCCACCUACGUGCAGGUGCUGAAGGAGCCACGGGUCAAAGCCACCACCGAGGACUUCCCCCCGUCACCUGCCUCCUCCAGCCCCCGCUUUCCGGCUGGGUCCCCGUCCCUGCAGCGCUCAGCAGCUCCCCGGGGUCCCCCGCUUUCCACCAGCUCCCCGCGGGCAGCGGAGCGGGGUGCCGGUGAUGCCGUCCCAUCCUCACCCCGCCAGCUCGGCUUCGCCUUCCCCGCAUCCCCGAAGCUGCCCAAUGCUGGCACCCCAAACCCCUCACCAGCCCCCCCACACCCCGUGGCCACACAUCCCCAGGAGUCCUGGCGCCCAGAGCAGAGCGCAGCCCCCGGGGCACCCAGCAGCGUCCGUCCCGAGCCCGCCUCAUCCUACAAUGGCUCCGAAAUCCAGUGGACCCCGUACCGGGCGCUCUACCAGUACCGGCCCCAAAACGCCGACGAGCUGGAGCUGCUGGAGGGGGACCGGGUGGAUGUCAUGCAGCAGUGUGACGACGGCUGGUUCGUAGGCGUGUCCAGGAGGACGCAGAAAUUCGGCACUUUCCCCGGCAAUUAUGUGGCACCGGUGUGACCAAGAAGAGGAGCCUGGUGGGAAGCUCGGGGCUGGGGGCUCUCCGAUGUCCCACCUCGGUCCCCUGCGUCCCCGCUGCGUCCCCUCCAUGUCUCCCCAUGGGGACAAAGUGCCUCCAGCUCCCUCCUGCCCCUAUGGGGCUGCCUCUAACAGGGACCAAACCCCCUAAGCGGGGGUGUCCCCCACCCCAGUGCCUUAAUCUGACCACUCCUCACCCCUCCCCAGUGCCUUAUCACCCCUGUCCCAGUGGCUGUACCUCUCUGGCUGGUGCUGGGGGAAUCUGUGACGGCUGUGACCCGAGAUACUGGCCUGGGACCGCGCCAUGUGCCCACGAGUCGCGUUUGCUGCUUGUCCGUCAUUAAAGCUCAGCUCAGCCCGC